AGAAGAAGAGAGAGAGAGAGAGAGAGAGAGAGAGAGAGAGAGAGAGAGAGAGAGAGAGAGAGCGCAAAUAAGGCUCAGCAAGAGCAGGAGCGUCAGCGCCAGUGGCGACAGCAGCGUCAACGCAUCUGCGCGUCUCUGUAUCGCCUCAUUUCAGGCCAGUCACUGAAUCCCUCCGUUACCGAUCGAGAUUUAACAGCUUGUUAGGAUCUUAACGCGCCUCCUCCGCCCGCGUCGACAGCUCGGCGUCAGCCUCAGACCACCGACUCCGUUCAUACACUCAGUCUGUUGAAUGUUUAAUGGGAAAUGGCGCUGUAUCUUCAGUCCUCCGGUCUAUUCUGCCUCCUCUCGGUGCAAACCGCGCUGGUCGUGUUCCUCAGCGUCUCCUCACCGGCAGCGGCGACGCUCCGCUUUCCUCAACACUACACGAUGAUUCACUGGGCCGGACGGAUAGAGAAGGAACUGGAGAAGGUUCUUCAGCUGGUCACCGGAGGUCAACAGAUGAAAGCUAUAUACAGCGAGAAGAGAAGUCAGUUUGAUGUGGUGAGAAACACGCCCAAACAGCUGGUGGAGACCGUGGCGAGAGACAUCGCCCGACUGCUCAACAGAAAGCGUAAAGCUCUGGAGAGGUUGGCCAGAGAGGCUGAAGACAUCCAGAGAGAACACGCAUGGCAAGAUGCAGUCACAGAGAAUGACAUUCAGUACUACGACUCAAAAGCUGACUCAGAUUAUUCGGAUGAUGACAAUGGCAGUGAAAACCUCCUGGAAAAUGCAUACUCUCUGUCUCUGGAGUUUGUGGAUGAUCCCAACUUUAAAAAUAAAGUCAACUAUUCCUACACGGCUGUGCAGAUUCCUACUGACAUCUACAAGGGCUCUCCCACUAUCCUGAAUGAACUGAACUGGACUCAGGCUCUGGAGCGAGUGUUUAUCGAGAACACUCGCGAGGAUCCCUCGCUGCGCUGGCAGGUGUUCGGAAGCGCCACUGGCGUCACCAGAUUCUACCCAGCGACUCCGUGGAGAGCACCCAACAAGAUCGACCUGUAUGAUGUGAGGAGACGCCCGUGGUAUAUUCAGGGUGCUUCGUCUCCAAAGGACAUGGUCAUCAUCGUGGAUGUGAGUGGAAGUGUUAGCGGAUUGACCCUGAAACUGAUGAAGACCUCUGUCAUGGAGAUGCUGGACACGCUGUCUGAUGAUGACUAUGUUAACGUGGCUCAGUUUAAUGAGAAAGCGCACGCUGUGGUUCCGUGCUUUACGUCACUGGUCCAGGCCAACAUAAAGAACAAGAAGAUCUUUAAAGAGGCCGUGAUGAAAAUGCAGGCUAAAGGAACCACAGACUACAAGACGGGAUUUCACUUUGCCUUCAACCAGCUCUUGAACGAGACCAGCACUCCAAGAGCCAACUGCAAUAAGAUGAUAAUGAUGUUCACUGACGGCGGAGAGGAUCGCGCUCAAGACAUCUUUGAGAAGUACAACUGGCCCAACAAAACCGUGAGAGUUUUCACAUUCUCGGUCGGGCAGCACAAUUAUGAUGUCACUCCACUUCAAUGGAUCGCCUGUGCAAACAACGGUUACUACUUUGAAAUCCCUUCCAUUGGUGCCAUCAGAAUCAACACUCAGGAGUAUUUAGAUGUUCUGGGUCGGCCGAUGGUGUUGGCGGGUGAGCAGGCCAAGCAGGUUCAGUGGACCAAUGUUUAUCAGGACGCUCUGGGUUUGGGUCUGGUCAUUACCGCAACGAUGCCGGUCUUUAAUCUGACAUCUGAUGGAAACUCUAAAAAUCAGUUGAUUCUUGGUGUGAUGGGUGUGGACGUCGCUCUCAGUGAAAUUAAAGAACUCACUCCACGCUAUAAGCUUGGAGCCAAUGGUUACACAUUUGCCAUCGAUCCCAACGGUUACGUCCUGUUACACCCCGACCUACAGCCUAAGAUUAUUAAUUUUCGGGAGCCGGUUACAUUGGAUUUUCUGGAUGCUGAACUUUCAGAUCGCAACAAAGAAGAGAUCCGUCGGAUGAUGAUUGAUGGCCGAUCUGGACAGAAGAAGAUCAGGAGUCUGGUUAAAUCUGCUGACGAGCGUUACAUCGAUGAGGUGGUGAGGACAUACAUAUGGACUCCAGUGGAGGGCACAAAUUACAGUCUGGGUCUCGUUCUGCCAACCUACAGUGAAAACCACAUCAAAGCAAACCUGAGCGAUCAGAUCCUUCAAGUUCAGUAUGGAUCAGACUUCAAGGAUUUUGAGUCUCUGCUGCCAAACACUUUUGAGUCAGAGGGACAUGUGUUCAUAGCACCCAGGGAAUACUGCAAAGAUCUGGAGCUGUCUGCUAACAACACAGAAUUCCUGCUCAACUUCAUCGCUCUUAUGGAGAAAGUCACGCCAGACUCCAAACAAUGUGACAACUUCCUGCUUCAUAAUCUGAUCUUGGACACGGGCAUCAUCAGACAGCUGGUGGAUAAAGUCUGGAAGACCAAAGAUCUCAACACGUAUGGAUUUUUGGCCGUCUUUGCAGCCACAGAUGGAGGAGUGACCAGAGUUUUCCCAAAUAAGGCUGCUGAGUCGUGGGAGGAGGACUCCGAGCCGUUUAACGCCAGUUAUUAUCGUCGCAGUCUGGACAACAAGGGUUAUAUCUUCAGAGCUCCGUACCGCAGCGCCAAUGACGACAUCCUGAACCCAGAAAACGACACCAUCGGCAUUCUGGUCAGUACAGCGGUGGAUAUCUCCAUCGGAUCCAGAAACCUCAAACCCGCAGUUGUUGGAGUGAAGCUUGAUCUUGAGGCUUGGACAGACAAAUUCAAGAUCCUGGCGAGCAACCACACCGACAGCAGCCGGCAGAGCACACAGACGUGUGGACCAACCAGUGGCUGUGAGAUGGACUGUGAAGCCAACAGUGAAGACCUGCUGUGUUAUCUUCUAGAUGACGGAGGUUUCCUCGUCAUGUCCAAUCAGAAAGAUCACUGGAACAGGAUUGGGAUGUUCUUCAGCGAGGUGGACCCCACCCUCUUCUACGCUCUCUAUAACAACUCUCUGUACAAACGCAAGCAGUCGUAUGACUAUCAGUCAGUGUGUGACCCUGUGCCCAGCAGUAAUACAGGAGCCGCCCGUCGAGGGGUGUUUGUGCCCACUGUUGCUGAUGUUUUAAACGUCGCCUGGUGGACAUCAGCCGCUGCCUGGUCAUUACUGCAGCAGAUGCUUUAUGGAUUUGCCUAUCACAGCUGGUUCAUGACAGAUGAGGUGGAGGCUGAGGGGAUGAUGGACAUGAGUAAACAGACGAGCUGUGUUACAGUCCAGACGCAGUUUUACUUCAGUAACAUCAGCAGCUCUUACAACAUCUUACAGGACUGUGAUAACUGCUCCAGGUUAAUUCAUGCUAAGAGAAUAAACAACACUAACCUGCUGUUUGUGGUGGCUGAACGCCUCUCCUGUAACUCCUGUGAGAUGGAGAAACUGUCUCAGGUGGAGACUGAAUACAAGGACCCGAACGUAUGUGACACGAUAGCCACGGCGCGGUACAGAAGAGGACCCAAACCCUGUUUCGACUAUAAUGAGCAUGAAAACACAUCAGACUGUGGGCGUGGCCACUCGUUCCGUCCCUCCCUCUUCACUUUACUCCUCCUCCAGCUCCUCCUCCUCUGUGUUUUGGCCCGCCCCUCCGUUUAACUCCGUCCUCCUCGUCUCGUCCUCCCGCUCCUCCUCAUGCCUCCUUUAUCUCCCCGUCGCUCUAGUCAUAGAUAAUAUACAGGGACUUCCUCCUGCCCUUAUAUGGAAGCCCGCUCGUACUGCUUCAUCCACUUAGCUUCACAGAUUGUUGCUUAGUGACCGUUGCAGAACUUCGUCGUCGCCUGCCAAUCGAGAGCAUUUGUGGGAGGAGCUAAGUGUCUUUAUGAAACAGGAAGCUAAACAAAGUUAGUGCUGAGAAAACGACGGCCAUCUCGGACCAAGAGACGAAGAUGUGGAGAAAACGACACGGACUGUUCCCUCACAUGGGGGUGGAGUUUCCUUUGACUCCGCCUCUAAGGAGGAAAGGUCAUUCAUAUCUUCGUCACAUCCAUCGUGUGCUGUAACCCGCGUGUCGUGUAGACGCUGGGCUACACAACUUUCUGACGCUGUCUAGCUUCCGGUAACAAGAAAAUAAAAUAAUCGCAGAACUUUACAAGAGAUUAACAAAAAAAAACAUCUCGAGACGAGUAUUAAAAACAUACCUCCGUAUAAUAGAAUAAAUGACAUGAGAAGGGACAGAUGAUAGAUCUUAUUUAUUCAAUUAGCUUUUAUUUAUAAACUAUUAUCGACUUCUUGCCAAAAUGAGACUUGUUGUGUUUUUCUAGCCAAAUUAGGAGGACGUAAAAAGGAAAAUAAAAGGCUGACGUCUGAAUGAAAGUGCUUGAGAUGAAAAGCGUUUGCCGUCCGCUCAUAAGGGCUUCAGUUCUUCGUUUCUUUCAUGCCCCGAUCGGAACAGGUUUAGUAAAUUAAGAUUAUUUUUGUGUCUUUUAUCACAAGUCAGACUACACAGAUGCCUGAUGUGUAAUGUGUGUUUGUUUGUAAAGAAAGGUUCAGUCGUCAUUUAUUCACCCUGAUCUCAAACCUGUACUCUGGUUUUUCUGUUCAGUGACGGUUCACGCUGAUGUCUGCCAGUCAUAUUGUGUGCUAUACAGUCUUGUUUAAAGAACAGAUUGUUAUUCCUUUUCAUACUUCAGAUGAUGAUCGCACUGACUGCCGUCGUCAUCGUCACUUCGAACUGAAUCUUGUGUUUUGCUUUUUUACUCGCACAAACUGUAAGAGCGUCAUGUAGCACAGUGGUUCUCAAACUUUUUCGUUGUAAGGUCGCCUUUGUGUUAAGUGCAUCGCUUUGCGGCCCCCCAUAGAAAGACGUAUAAUCUUAAACUUAGAAUUUUAAUUAAACCAAAAACAUUCAGUUAUACAAUGCUGGAACCUCAAUUUGUUUGGUUUGUGGUGUCAUUUUUCUGAUGUUUGAUUGCAUAAAAUCUAUGAUGAAUUUCUAUAUUUCAUAAAAUGCCACAAAAUCUGUGGCCCCCCUGGAUCCAUCUUGGGGCCCCCAGUUUGAGAACCACUGAUGUAGCACACAGGUUGGGUUGGGUUGGGUUCUUUCACCUCGACAGGAGAGAUCACUGUGAACCGUCAUUGUGUGGAAAACAGCCGUGUGAAGAUUCUUCAAUAGAGGGUGAGUAAACCAUGACAGAAUGUGUUAAACAAUCAAACCGAAGACGAGAGAGAGAGAGAGAGAGAGAGAGAGACCUGAUGGAUCGAAAUGCAGUUGAUGAUGUCAGAAUGUCUAUCAUGCAUUGUGUUUGUACGAGCACUUCACUUGGAUGGAUUAUUUUGUGUCGGUCAAUAUAUGUACUUUAUUUUCUAGAUUAUUAUAUAACACAAGACGCAAACAUACUGGUGAACUCAACCUCUUCUGUCUUCUCUGUAAUGGGCCGUUCGUUCACUAUCAUGUCCACUUGUGUGCUUAGUUUUUACACGCGUGUGCUGAAAGAGUUGGACUAUCAUUGGAGCUUACAGCCUUAGAACACUAAAAACAAAAGCAGUGUUCGGAACAUAACGCUGUCUCUUACAGUGCAGUAUAUACUGUAUACUAGGGUCAAGCAGUGCACUUUACUCAAUUCUUUCCUUUCAGCGAUGGGCAUUCAGUUUAUUGUCUCUCAGACAUUAAUAUGAUUAUUUUGUGUCGAUUGCUGAAUCAAGAGAUAAAAGGUCAUGUUGAGUGCAGUGCAUGAUGGGAGAUAUUCUUCUGUGCAGUGCCCACAAUAUACAGUACGUACUGCAUACUAGAUUCAUAUAAAAGUGUUGUUGAAACUCAGCCUGAGGCUCCAGAACUGACGGUAGGAUUGCAGAGUUUCUAUAAGAGAAUGAGAGUUAUUGUUGUGAUUUCAGUCCGAAUCUCCGAUUAUUCACAAGCACCUUUAUUUCUUUCAGCGUUUUCUGUAGCACUUUUCACAUGUUUUUAUUAGGGCUGUCAAACAAUUAAUCGCAUCCAGAAUAAGAGUUUGUGUUUACACUGUAUGUACGUAUCUGUGUACUGUGCAUAUUCAUUUUGUAUUUAUAAACACAAAACAUACACAUACUUGUCUAUAUAUUUAGAAAUAUUUCAAUGUAUUAUUUACAUUUACCAAUCAUUAAAAUUCUAAAUAAACGUUUAUUAAUUGUUAUAUUUUUCUCAAAUAUAUGCAUUCAUGUGUGUGUUCAUAAAUACAAAAUGAAUAUGCACAGUACACUGACGUGUAUUACUUAAACACAAACUUUUAUUUGACAGCCCUAGUGUUUAUCUUCGCGAUCUUGUACAAAACUACACAACAAAACGAAAUGUUCUCAGUGAGUUUUUAAGCACUUAAAGUUUCACAAAGAACCAUCUACAUGUGCAUCACCGUCUGUAUGAUUCUUCAUGAUGGAGUCCUCAGGUUAGUGUUGUUCAGUUUCUUUAAAGCAACAACAAACAGAUGUUUUGUAAAGUCAAACACACGCUGGUGUGUGUGCGCACAGAAGGAACUGAAUCGAUGUUUGUUGUCAUGAUGUGCGUAUGUGAAAUGACUGUGAGACGAGUAUUCUGGGAGUGUUGUCAAUUGAGUGAUGACUGUACAUUUGUGGUUUUUACUGAAGUGUCAAAAGAAUAUUUCAUAUCCGUUUGUUUUCAGGACGUCAGUUGAACAUUAAAGGUAGAAUUCACCAAAAAAUGAAUAUAAUUUUGUACUUUACUCUCGUGUCUUUUCAAAUAUUAAAAUCAUAUCAUAAUUUCUCAUAUCACAUAGACUUGAAACAUAAAGUUGUUUCAUUUUAUUUGAUCAGUCUGCAAACUGAUACAAACUUUUUGAAUGAUCCGCAGAAAACAAAACGCAGUGUUUGGACCGACACGAGGAGAUAAUCCCAGAAUUAUGAUGAUUAUUGGUGGAUUGUCUCUUUGAGUCAUGAACAGUGCCGAUGAUGUCAUGUUGUGUCUGCGCUGAUGAUGUCAUGUAUUUUGAGAGGUGCUUGAAUGCUGCAUGUCUGUGAUGGACACAGUGUUUCUCACGGGUUUUGUUCCGUGUUAACUCCACACGUCACUAACGUUUGAAACUUGAACGCAACCCUAAAUCUCACGCUAUCACACGUGACCUCAAACCUUCACACACAACACACGCUGUUCUUGAAUUCACAUGUCAGACCCGUAAACCAGACUGAUGAACCCAAAACGUCCUUCCGCUCUGAAUUUCAUGUGCAUGGUCAUAUGUGGUAAUGUCAGCAAAAAAAGACUGUUUUUAGCGUGUGCUUUUGAUCUUGAUGAAGUUAAAGGUGAAAAUCACCCAAUGAACAUUCUGUCAUGAUCAUAUCCACACUGAUCGUUCCCAGACGAUGACGCUUCAUGCACUGUAGUCCAGGUGUGAGGAACAGACUGAGACCGAAGUCAUUAUUUGCUGAAUAUCAUUGCUGUUGGUUCUCACAUCUUGUAACCAAUCAUGACUCGACUAAUAGAAAUGUGCACUUCAGUCUGUUCAUCACACAAAGCUGUGAAUAAGUGACAGAAUUUUCAUUUGUUGGGGUGAAAUCUUACUGUGGUGAUGUUAGAUGGCUGUCAAGUGGCUGUUGUGUUCCUCUCUGCCGGAUGAUGAGGUAAAGAGAGCUCAGAGAGAUGUUAAUAUGCCUUGCGAGCAGUUUUAAAACUUUGCCAUACGUUUUGUUUUGUUUUUUGUUUUGUAAGGAAAGUGUGUAUUUGUCUUAAUACUGGAACACUGUCGAUGUACAGGGGCACAGAAGCGCUUGCCCAGCGUUUUGGCGAGACGCCCGCGAUGAAACGAUGAUGAUUGUGUCUGUCUUGUGUCACAAUUCACUGUGGAACAAAAGUCCUUGUUUUUAAGUGGUCUGAAAGAUUUGCUUUUGCCAAAAAAAAGAGAAAAAAACAAUAGUAUUCAAAAAGAAAAGCUAAAAGAGGAAGCAGCUUGCACAUGGGGAGGGGUCUGCCCCACCCACCGGGAGGAGUCUCUCCCGUGACCCCUCCCCCUCCAAAGUAACAUCCCUGUAGGCGCGUUUCCAUCAGUGAGACGUGUGUAUGUGAUUACGUAGUCUUUAGUCUGGUGAUCCGUGACAAACGUGUACAAAAACAUAAAUAUAGAGAAAAAAACACACAAAGGAGAAAUUGAAUUAAACACGAGUGAGGUUUAAACGUGUAUUAAAAAAUAGAGAAUCACACCGUACUGCUGAUUAAACUCAUAUGACUUGAGCUCUGUUAUCAUGGUGAGAGUUUGUGUGUCGGUGGCCUCUGUCAAGGCUUCAUGUUGCUUCAUUUUCUUUUGUACAGACAACAAAAAACCACAA